UCAUGAAAAAGAUCAAGUCAGAAUUAACACCUCAAACUGGUCAAGCAUCAGGAAACUCUAUUAUAACUAUUUAAAUAUACGGAGACCCUCUUUCACCGUCAGUUCCUCUUAAUGCCUCAGUUCUGGAAUCUUCCAUCCUCCCUUGCUUCUCUGCACCUCCUAUUCUAUCAUUUCUUCAGAGCAUGGUCACUGAAUCUGUUGGAACAGCAGAAAUGGGUUGAUAUGAGAAAACUAUAACCUUUCACAGUUGACCAUCUGCAAUUAUUAAACCAGCUGGUCACUGGUUAGCAAAUUUUUCUUUGGGAAGCUCCUUACUUAAUCAUCUGUAGCUGUGAUAUUUCCAUUGUUCCUGUCUCUUCUUCCCCAGCCUCUCUGAAUUUCUGAAGAUAUUUCAGCCAUUUGGCAUUACUGUCAAAGCCUCAGGUAGACAUGGCAACACUUCCACCUGCCGUGGGUGCAGCCCAAAAAAAAAAGAGAGAAAGAGAGAGAGCGAAGAUCCUCCCACUGAUGUCUUCCAAGUCUCUCCAUGGCAUCUUUCACUUCCUCUGGUUGCUGUAAAGUGGACAAACUCCAGGGUUAAGGAUCCGGUGUUGCCACAGCUGCGGCAGAGUCCAGGACAAUGUCUGGAGAACUUCCACCAAACAUUAACAUCAAGGAGCCUCGAUGGGAUCAAAGCACUUUUGUUGGACGAGCCAAUCAUUUCUUCACCGUAACUGAUCCCAGGAAUAUUCUGUUAACCAACGAACAACUAGAGAACGCGAGAAAAGUUGUGCAUGAUUACAGGCAAGGAAUUGUUCCUCCGGGUCUCACAGAAAAUGAAUUAUGGAGAGCGAAGUACAUCUAUGAUUCAGCUUUUCAUCCUGACACUGGCGAAAAGAUGAUCUUGAUAGGAAGAAUGUCAGCUCAGGUUCCAAUGAACAUGACCAUCACAGGUUGUAUGAUGACUUUUUACAGGACCACGCCGGCAGUGCUGUUCUGGCAGUGGAUCAACCAGUCCUUCAAUGCGGUGGUCAAUUACACCAACAGAAGUGGAGACGCCCCCCUCACUGUAAACGAACUGGGAACAGCCUAUGUUUCUGCAACAACAGGUGCUGUAGCAACAGCUCUAGGACUCAAUGCCCUAACCAAGCAUGUCUCUCCACUCAUAGGACGUUUUGUUCCCUUCGCCGCAGUGGCUGCUGCUAAUUGCAUUAAUAUUCCAUUAAUGAGGCAAAGGGAACUCAGAGCUGGCAUCCCCGUCACGGAUGAGAAUGGGAACCGUCUGGGCGAGUCGGCAAACGCUGCCAAACAAGCCAUCACUCAAGUGGUCAUCUCCAGGAUUCUCAUGGCAGCCCCUGGCAUGGCCAUCCCUCCAUUUAUCAUGAACACGUUGGAAAAGAAAGCCUUUCUCAAGAGGUUCCCGUGGAUGAGCGCACCUAUUCAAGUUGGAUUAGUUGGUUUCUGUUUGGUAUUUGCUACACCUUUGUGCUGUGCUCUGUUUCCUCAGAAAAGUUCCAUGUCUGUGACAAGCUUGGAGGCCGAGCUGCAAGCCAAGAUCCGAGAGACCUCUCCUGAACUACGGCGCGUGUAUUUUAACAAGGGAUUAUAAAGCCCGGGGGGGUUGGAGGGGACCAUCUUUGGCUGAUCCUGCCCCCUGCAAGCUGGGUGUAGCCCAGAUGGGUGAGGAACAUCCUGUUUGCCCUGGGUUCUCCCGGUGACAGAGCCCUUUUCAAGAUCCACAUUAGCCUCUUAGAGUCACCCUACUGCUUACAGCACAGCACCUGGGGUGGGGCAGGUGUCCCCCACCUGUUGGCCCCCUUACAUUUGAAUCAUGGGAUAAUUUACAGAAAUACCCUUCCUAUAGCUUUUAUAGUCAUUGUUUUUUCAAAGACGGUAUCCCUCACCCAGAGUUUUCAAAAGCACUGGUAGGUGUAGAAUAAAUGUCCAGUCUAUGCCCCACAAAUAUUGAUUAUCAGUGAAAAGGAAAUCUGGGUAAAAUACUGAAUUUUUAUCCCCCUCUUAUUUCAAAUCAUGGAGAUCUCAGUAAUGAGUUGGGAAAACACAAAAGCUCUGAGAUGUCACUGUGAAGUGACUCACAAAUAAGAAGGGCAGUUUCCUUCCAGGUUGGGCAGGGGGCAACCCCUCCCCCCAAAAAAUGAUGAGUUUUUUUUGGAUUUUUGGAUACAAGCCCCUUCAUACACCUCCUGAAAGUCAUAGUAACAGACAGUCAUGAUGCAAGAUCCCUGCAGUCAACAGCUGGCUGCUUUCGUAGUGCUGGCAGAUUUCUUGUUGACUUUUAAACGUAUUCUGUUUGAGAUUCUUAGGAAGAUAUUGAUCUGACCUUACACUUGUCUUUUUCUUCACUUAUUGAAAUCAACUAAUCAAAUAACUUCCAUGUACAAAUGUCCCGUUUGGGAAGUAUAUUCAAAGCCACUGCUGUAUGGCUGGGUUCAGCCCAGCUUGUUUGAUUUUUGAUUUUUGAUUUUUUUUUUUUUCCUUUGGAAGUGAGAGUACAGUUCCAUCUACCUACAUGUUUCUUCUUGUCAUCCCGAUAGCUCUCCUUGGCUUUCAGAGAGCUACAGGAACACUGUGUAUGUGAAUCACUCACUCAAUGAAUUUGGCUUGAAUGCUGUGUCUGACAUUCCACCCUCUUUGAAAAUAAUGAACCCACGCAUCAUUGUUUACAUCAUUUGUAGUAGUUGCACAUAUAAUAUAUUUAAUGGAACAGAGGUUGUGUUUUAAUUCUAUAAAGACUCAAAGGCAGAUAUAAGGGUGGUUAUUCCAUUGAGUGGAGACCACGCAAUUCAAUAUUGUGACGACUUCUAAGUGAAAAUCAUGUAGAAACUAGUUUGGGCAGAUUUUUCUUGACAAUGUGACCAGACUGAAUUUCCUCAUAAAGAAAAAAAUGUGUGUGCCUCGUGUCUGUGUUUCUCUUUUUCUCUGAAAGGAUUAACGGACCUGAAGCUUUGGGUCACCCCGAGCCUUCUUUUAUGCUGCCAACAUUUUCUUAUUUAGCUUUUCUGUCCUAAGCCAUUGGAAACAAAAGAGCUUCCCCAUGGCAAUCUGGUCUUGGAUAUAUUUUGUUGCCGUGGAUGCUUCUCUUGAAAAAUUGGCAAAAGCUGGAAAUUCAAGGCAGAUCCCCACGAGGUGCUUCAAGGGCACUUUUAACAAGACGUGAAAGCACUUGGGGUCUACCCCACUUGGCCCAGCAAACCCCAGAAUUCUUCCCCUCCACCUCCAGUCAAUUGGUAGCUCCAUUUCAGAAUCCUAACCAUCACUGAAAAAUUAAUGACUAGUCAGAAGAUUGACAAACUAACUGAAAUUGUAAUACACACUAGGAUGGUAUGACCAGAGUAUCAUUACGAAAGGGAUAGAGCUUGGAGAUGUGUCUUUUUAAACAUCAUUUAUGGAAGCUUCUAACUCUCGAUGCUUUUAUAGAGAAAUAUGAACUGUAUCGUUGAAUCAUAGUUUAUAAAAAAGGAACAAAAUGAACCAAGAUUGGCAAUCUUUGCUGAUCUCUUAGAAAUACCUUUUCUGGAGAAAAGUUCGCAUGAAGUGCAAUAAGCUUGUAAAGGUAAAUAGUUAUUAAUAUUUCUAUGAGAUAAAGAAUUAUGAUUGUAAGUAUUAACUGACUGGCAGUUUUUAUUUCAGUAUUAACACAGUGUCUUGCCAGCGUUGGAGUCAAUGUAUUAUUUCGAUUCAACUGGAUGAAAUGUUAAAUAAACUCAGAAUGAAAAUAAA